GUGCAAGCUGAGCUCAGUUCAUAAAUAGCCUUACCACUUCCUCAUAUGGUACAUUUAGCAAAAUGGAGCUUGUCGUACUUCUCUGUGCCGUUUCUCUGCUGUAUUCAUGUGAAGCACAAGAGCCCAGUGCUGUGACUCCUGUGUUUGUGAAGAAGGGAGAGGAUGUGCUUCUGAAUGUCACCACAGCUGAUGUUUCUACAGAAGAUAUUGUUUCCUGGAAAUUCAAUAAAACAGUUAAUUUAGUACGAUUUUUACCUGGUAGAAAACCAAAAGUCUCUGAUGAUUACUCUGGAAGGAUUGAGUUGCUUGAGAACUACUCUUUGAAACUGAAGAAUCUACAAGAGGCAGACAGUGGAGUUUAUACUGCAGUAGUGUCUGAGGAUAAAGAAAAACAAAUAACUGGACACAAGAUCACAGUCCAAGAUCCAGUGUCUCCAGUUAAUCUGUCAGUGGACUCUGUGUCUAACAGCUCAGACUGGUGUAACCUGACAGUGAGCUGCAGAGCACAGGACUCUCACAUUAACAGCACCUUUAGAUGUGACACCCACACCUGCAGUCAGGAGGGAGGAGAGAGAUCACAGGUCAUACACUCUGCUGCUGAUCUCCAUGUCUACCUGUCCAAAGGCUCCAUCAUCUGUAACCAUAGCAACCAGGUCAGCUGGACCAAGGACAUCAAAAUAAUUAAAAAUGUCUGCCCCCUACUUGCUGAACCCGCCAUCAAUGUUACUGCCCUUAUCCUUGGUGUUAUCGCCGUAGUUUUAAUUUGCAUCUUAAUUGUUGCAGCAGUUCGAUUUUUUUCAAAGAGAGAAAAGAAUGAAAGAGAAAGCAGGGAGAAUACAGUAUAUGAAGUUCCUCAGGUCGGACAUAGAGCCUUACGUCAGAGUGAGAGUGAAGUUAUAGGUCUUUCUCCAAACUCCACCUACUGCUUGGUAGGGCCUCACACUGGAACUGUGGAUUCCAGUAUGACAAGAGGCACGACUCUGCCAGAGAGUCUGUAUGCUCAGGUGGAUAAACCUGCCAGGUCCUUAAACAAGUAAUCAGCAUGGUAUUACACAUACUGCACUGGCAGCAAUUUACAGUUUUUAUUUAAGUGUUGCCCAAGCUUUCGAUGUUUAAGUUUAUGUGACCUGCUCUGGUAUGGAAAGAUGGCUUAUUGGAGUGUACCUUAUUGCAAACACUUUACAAUAAGGUACACAAAAAUGUAGAUAGUUAUUGAAAAAUGAAUGAGGGACAAAUGGUUAGUGUGGUGGCAAAUUUUAUUUUAACCAUUUGUUUAAUGAUAUUAACCAUUGGUUUAAUGAUUGUUUUAUAAUGCCACAAGAUUUAGCAAGAUUUAGUGAGACAAUGGUGUGACUGUUAAUGAUGUCCUCUUUUCAACUAUGGCCAUAC